AUGAUCGCUCGUGCUCUCCUUCUCUUCAUGGUCAUGGGGUCCGCCCGUGCAUGGAAUGUAUUCGUUUCAACAAGCGAGGUCGCUCAAGGACAGGCCGCCGGAUCCACGUCGUCUUUCUUUUUCGGAUCUGAAAACCUCAACGCAACGGCAGACUUGGCUGUCGACGGUGACCCAAACGGCGACUUCCUCUCAGGCAGCUGCUUCUCUAGCGAUUUCGGGGACACCGACCCCGUGUGGUAUGUGGACCUCGGGGCUAACAUGGAGAUCUACAGCGUCAAGAUCUUCAACAGAGGAGAUUGUUGUGCUGAUCGUCUCAGAGACAUUACCAUCGACGUUGUCGAGAACAACCCCUUGUCUGGCAGCCCUGGCAACGUGGUCAACUGUGGCAGCAUCGGCGACCCUGGCGGCGUUGGCCUCAACGAAACCAUCGAGAUUGUGUGUCCCUUCCUAACCUUCCAGUUCACUUCACACUAUGAGAAAUACUUCCGGAUUGCCUACCCAGAAGGCCAAUAUAUCCGCAUCAUGAAAACGGGCGACGAACUGUUGAAUUUUUGCGAGGUAGAGGUUCAAGCCGCCACAGGUAUCUUCUACAAAUAUCCAUCGAAAAGAAGCCGCAAGGGUGACCGCAAUGACCUUGUUCCACAAGGCUUUCAUGCAUACCAGCCAAGCCAAGACGAGAACGUUCAGGGUGUUCCCGUACCCUUACCGUAUUCCGAUGUGAAUCACGUCGAUGAAGGGACGGCCGACACUGAUGGAAGCGAGGAAACAGGGACAGAUGACCAGUGAACUUGAAGUUACUGUAUGUUCC